GCAAUUUUCUUGGUUAGUGAAGCUCAGGAAUGUCGUCCAAGCGGAAGAAUCAGAUGAAGGAAGCCCCCUCCUGGACAAUGUAAUCGGGAGGAUGACUCUGACUGUUGUAAAGCUGGAAAAAUGUAUUCAAUCUACACUUGCUCACCACCAAUGUCCGGUAACACCCAGGCAUACCUCACUCUCAACAGCUUUGAGGCAGGUGGUGACGGAGGAGGACCAUCUGAAUGUGACGGCAAGUAUCAUAAUGACAACACUCCAGUUGUUGCAUUAUCCAGUGGAUGGUACAAUGGUGGAUCAAGGUGCCUUAACAACAUCAGAAUUAACAGUAAUGGGCAUAGAGUGGUGUCCAUGGUGGUGGAUGAGUGCGACUCUACCGAGGGAUGUGAUGCUGACCAUGAUUAUCAGCCUCCUUGUCCCAACAACAACGUUGAUGCCUCCAAGGCUGUCUGGAAAGCCUUAGGUGGAUCCGAGGACAACUGGGGUGGCUUGGAUAUCACAUGGUCCGACGCUUAGUUACAUUAGAGUUUCUCCAAGUUGUUGCUUAUGUUCUUUCUUCUUUGGGGUUUGAUUAUGCUAUUUUUGUUGUAUAUAUGCGUCUA